AUGGUGGUCGGGUUCCGCCGCACCAUCUCGUUCCCGGCGCCCAGGUCCCCGACGCCGCCAUCGGGCACCGGCGCCGGUCCCAGCGCCGCCGCCGCCGCCAACAAGUCCGCGGCCUACCGCGCCCGAUCGGCGAGCCUGCCGUGCCGGUUCCACCCGCUGGUGCUCCAGCUCGACGACGACGUGGCCGACCUGCGCGCGCUGGUGGGCCGCCUGCUCGCGUCGUCGCAGUCGCAGUCGCACGCCGCGGAGGCCGUGGCCGAGGGCGCGGCGCAGCUGGGCCGCGUCCUCGUCUCCCUCUCGGACCUGCUGCACCACCCGCAGGCGCAGGACCCGCUGCGCCGCCUCGGCCCGUCCCCGUUCGCGGAGCGCCUCCUGGACGACUUCCUCCGCCUCGCCGACGCGCACGGCAGCUUCCGUGGCGCCCUGGUCGCGCUGGCCGGGCUCCAGGCCGAGGCCCGCGCCGCGCUCCGCAGGGAGGAGCCCGCACGCCUCGCGUCCGCGGCGCGCGCGCUGCGCCGGGCCGCGCGGGACCUCCCCCGGGUGGCCUCCUCGGCGCGCGCCGUGGCCGCCAAGCCCCCGCCCGCACCGCCCGCCGACCUCCCCGCCGACGCGGCCGCCAUCGCCGCGGCCGUCGUCGACGCCGCCGCCGCCGUGGCCUCGGCCUCCGCGGCCGUCUUCUCCGGGGUGUCCGCCCUCUCCGCCGCCGCCGCCACGGCGCGCGUCGAGGUCGAGGCCACCACGCCGUGCUGGAUGCCCUCCCCCGCCAGGUUCAGCAGCGCGCCGUCGUCCGCCACGCCGAGACACGUGGUCGUCACCACCAGGGUCUCUUCGUCCUCGUCCUCCAUGCCGCGCAUUUGGUGGGUCGCCGACCUGAUGCGAUGGAUGUCGCGCGCCAAGCGCCGGUCCGCCAGGAGGCAGCACGCCGCCACGUCCGCCGGUCGGCGGCCAGGGCCAGAAUUGGAGAACGCCGUGGACCCGGAGGAGCUGGAGCGGAAGGCGGCGUUCGAGCGGCUAGACAGCCUGGGACGGUGCAUCGCGGACGUGGAGAGCAGCGGCGAGAAGGUGUUCAGAGCGCUCGUCAACACCAGAGUCUCCCUCCUCAACAUUCUGAGCCCAGCCUUCUGA